UAAAAUAAGAUUCUAGCUCCGCCACUGGUCAAUCAUACACAAAAUGAAAAAAGAGUUAAGACCAGAAGCACUUGAUUAGUAAGAGGUAAUAAUAAGCUAAUGCAAAAGCUCAUACUUGCUUAAGCUGUUAGACCAACUGUAACAGUGGUAUCUAAAUUUGAACGUGGAAUGGAUACUGAUUGACACCAACAAAAGUGAUUCGACAUGAGGGAACGAAUGCAAAAUUCAAAACUUAACCAACACAGACACGUAAUUAGCUAAUGUAAAAGCUGGUACAUAGUUAACAUGUUACAACAAUAGUGAAUGUUAAAUCUACUUGUCAGUAGGAGCAAAUUACACCAGUUACUGGUCUCCGUGUAAUGAGGACAAGGGAUCAUCGGAGUGAUUGCUUGAGGGAUUUUUUUUUCUUUCCUUUUUUUUAUUUGUCAACUUGGGAUUCUUUUAUCUUUAUAGAAAUUGGCAGGUCAGCAUACUUGUAGAUGCCUAUAAAAAAAUUGUCAAUGGAACGUUCUUCCAUGUACUAAUAUUAAUUUUUUAUGGGUCCUGUCUCUUUGUAUUUAUAUCAUCGGCUCUAGUGACUUUUAAAAUUGUUUUCCUCAUGAUAGUUUUAGUUAAUUUCUGAUCUGUCCUUAGUUUAAUUAUUUAACUCUUAAACCAUAAAAAUUUAAUAUAAUUGUUACACCAAGAGCAUCUUUGAGAGUAUACAUUGACUUUUAAUUAGAGAGAGAAGGAGCAUAGCUUUGAGAUCUCAGAUUCAACUUUUCUUCAUCUUCUUCUUCCUUUUCUGCUCUAUCUUGUUGGAGACGACCAUGGAAUCUGAGGGAGUGUCACUACCGUUGAUCCACGAGCAUGUUAUGAUGCCUUGGAAUGAUCUGCGGAAAGGUGAUUGUUGUGAGCGCUUGGAAGCAAUCAGUGAAGGCUAUUACUGCAAAAUCUGUGAUUUCUUUGUUCACAAGAAAUGUGGCGACUCCUCUGAAUAUAUCCAACACCCAAUUCACCCCGUUCACACUCUUCAGCUUCAACGUAAGAGCGAUGUUGCUUACUGCGAUUUAUGUGGCAGCAAUAUCACCGAUCUAUAUUAUCGUUGUGAGAUCUGUGACUUGAACGUGGAUAUAUACUGUGCCAAGUACCCACCACCAGAGGUUAUUGAUAUUUCCGAGACGCAUCACCACAAGCUCACCCUUCUCAAAGAGGAGAUCGAGUUCGAAUGUGAAGCAAAAUGUGGGGAGGUUAGGUAUGGGUUGUCAUACCAAUGUCGUGAAUGUGAUUUAGCCUUCCAUGUGGAUUGCAUAUGGAAUCCGCCGGAGGCAAAACACCCAUCAGAGGUAAACCACACUUACCACCCCUUACACCCUCUUAAGCUCCACACAGGUCAACCACCAGACUAUUCUGAUGGAAUAUGUCGUCUUUGCUCAAGAAAGAUUGAUGAUAGAUUCUUUUAUCAUUGUUCUGCUUGUAACUUUAGCUUGGAUUUGCGUUGUGUUUUAAACCCACCACCACAAUCUGUUCUGGAUCUGAAAGUUCAUGCUCACCAACUCAUCUUUCGCCCAAGACUUGAUUCUUUUACAUGUAAUGCUUGUGGGUUGAGUGGAGAUCGAAGCCCUUACAUAUGUGUUCAAUGUGAUUUCAUGAUACAUCAGGAGUGUCUUACCCUUCCACGUCUCAUAAACAUUAAUCGGCAUGAUCACCGUGUUUCUCGCACUUCUGUUCUUGGUGUUGUCAAUUCUGUGUGUGGAGUUUGUCGCCAGAAGGUGGAUUGGACUUGGGGCGGGUAUUCUUGUCAGAAGUGUCCACGCUAUGUCGUUCAUUCAAAAUGUGCUACUAGAAAGGAUGUAUGGAACGGGAAGGAGCUCGAAGGAAUACCUGAAGAGACAGAAGAUAUUGAGCCAUAUAUGGUAAUUGACGACAACACAAUACAACAUUUCAGCCACAAAGAGCAUUUCCUGAGAUUUCACGUUAACGGUCUUUUUUGGGAGGAAAACAAGCAUUGCAGCGCUUGUAGCCAUCCCAUUUGUCUUCAAUCCUUCUAUGGCUGUAUCGAUUGUGAUUUCAUGCUUCACCAAAGUUGUGCUAAUUAUCCUAGAAAGAAGUGGCAUGUGUUACACAAUGACCGACUUGCUUUAGUUGCAAGCGGGGGCAACCAUUAUCGGUGUGACGCUUGUCAUAGAAUAUCUAAUGGUUUCAGGUACAAGUGUGGGUAUACAGAGUCAGAUGUUCUGUGCGGUUCUGUUUCAGAGCCUUUUGUUCAUCCAAGCCAUCCCCAUCAUCCCUUAUAUUACAUUCCACGAGUAGGAAACAAAACAUGCAGUGGCUGCAACAACUCGGCAUCUCGUGUGCUUACGUGCAUUGAAAGUGGUUGUGAAUUCGUCUUAUGCUUCCAUUGUGCCACGUUACCACAAGUGGUAAAGCAUAGAGUAGACGAUCAUCCUCUCUCAUUAUGCUAUGGCGAAAAGGCAAGUGGCAAAUACUGGUGUGACAUUUGUGAGAAAGAAACGAAUCCAAGUAAAUGGUUCUACACGUGUAAAGAUCACCGAGCUAGUUUGCAUAAAGAGUGCGUGCUGGGAAACUUUGCAGGGUUCAUGCCAAGAAGCACAAUAAAGUCUCGCAGCGGAUCAUUCGAGGUGGUGCUCAAUAAUAGUAUAUCUCGUCCAUUUUGCAUUGUUUGCGAGUCGCAUUGCAUGUACCCUAUCGCCUUGAAGAUGCUUGGUCUCUCACUCUCAGAUCUAUACAUUUGCUCUUUAGACUGCAUGCGAAAAGCUUUUACACUAUGAAAACAUUCUCUAUUUUCUUAGUUCAACACUUAAAUAUUAAUCUAUUUUCAAAUAAAGAAUAUUGGCAAUCUCUGUAA